AUGUGCUGGGUGAAACAAGCUCCCCCACAGUUUGUGGUGAGACCACGAGACCAGAUUGUAGCCCAGGGUCGAACUGUGACUUUUCCUUGUGAAACUAAAGGAAAUCCUCAGCCAGCUGUUUUCUGGCAAAAAGAAGGAAGUCAGAACCUACUCUUCCCCAACCAGCCUCUGCAGCCCAACAGCAGAUAUUCCGUGUCACCGACCGGGGACCUCACCAUUACCAACAUCCAGAGGUCUGAUGCAGGCUACUACAUUUGUCAAGCACUGACGGUUGCUGGAAGCAUUUUAGCAAAGGCUCAGCUGGAGGUUACUGAUGUCUUGACAGAUCGGCCUCCGCCCAUCAUCCUCCAGGGCCCCGUCAACCAGACCCUGGCAGUGGAUGGCACAGCUCUGCUCAAGUGCAAGGCCACUGGCGACCCCCUCCCUGUCAUCAGCUGGCUGAAGGAAGGGUUCACCUUCCUGGGCCGGGACCCUCGGACAUCCAUACAGGACCAGGGGACGCUGCAGAUCAAAGCUCUGCGGCUGUCUGAUACAGGGACGUACACUUGCGUUGCUACGAGUUCCAGUGGGGAGACUUCCUGGAGUGCUGUGCUGGAGGUGACAGAAUCUGGUGGAGCAACAGUCAGUAAAAAUUAUGAUAUAAAUGACCUCCCUGGGCCACCAUCCAAACCUCAGGUCACUGAUGUUACUAAGAACAGUGUCACCCUGUCCUGGCAGCCAGGGACCCCUGGAAGCCUACCAGCUAGUGCAUAUAUCAUUGAGGCUUUUAGUCAGUCUGUGAGCAACAGCUGGCAGACGGUGGCCAACCACGUGAAGAGCACCCUGUACACUGUGAGAGGCCUGCGCCCCAACACCAUCUACCUGUUCAUGGUCAGAGCCAUCAACUCCCAGGGCCUGAGCGACCCCAGCCCCAUGUCAGACCCUGUCCGAACACAAGAUAUCAGCCCCCCAGCACAAGGUGUGGAUCACAGGCAAGUCCAGAAAGAGCUGGGAGAUGUCAUUGUACGGCUGCAUAAUCCUGUUGUGCUGACACCCACGACAGUGCAAGUCACCUGGACGGUGGACCGGCAGUCCCAGUUUAUCCAGGGCUACCGGGUCCUGUAUCGCCAAACCUCCGGCCUGCCUGCUCCAGCUGUGUGGCAGAACCUGGAGGUCAAAGUCCCCACCGAGCGCAGCGCCGUCCUCGUCAGCCUGAAAAAGGGGGUCACUUACGAGAUUAAGGUCCGCCCUUACUUCAAUGAGUUCCAAGGGAUGGACAGUGAAUCCAAGUCUGCUCGUACCACAGAGGAAGCCCCAAGUGCUCCUCCUCAGUCUGUCACUGUCCUGACAGUUGGAAAUCACAACAGCACGAGCAUCAGCAUCUCCUGGGAUCCUCCCCCUCCAGGGAAACAGCCUGCUUGAAUUACAGAACAGAAAAUCUGGUGCCUAGGUAAUGAGACUCGAUUUCAUAUCAACAAAACAGUAGAUGCAGCCAUUCGGUCUGUAGUAAUAGGUGGCCUAUAUCCAGGUAUCCAGUACCGUGUGGAAGUUGCUGCAAGCACCAGUGCAGGUGUGGGAGUAAAAAGUGACCCACAACCCAUAAUAAUUGGAGGUCGUAACGAAGUUGUCAUCACUGAAAAUAACAACAGCAUAACUGAGCAAAUCACUGAUGUGGUCAAGCAGCCUGCCUUUAUAGCUGGCAUUGGUGGUGCAUGUUGGGUCAUUCUCAUGGGCUUCAGCAUCUGGCUGUACUGGAGAAGAAAGAAGAGGAAGGGGCUCAGCAAUUAUGCUGUCACCUUCCAAAGAGGAGAUGGAGGACUAAUGAGCAAUGGAAGUCGACCAGGUCUGUUGAAUGCCAGUGACCCCAGUUAUCCUUGGCUUGCAGACUCUUGGCCUGCCACAAGUCUGCCAGUGAAUAACAGCACUAGUGGACCCAAUGAUCUUGGGAAUUUUGGUCGUGGAGAUGUGCUGCCACCGGUGCCAGGGCAAGGAGAUAAAACUGCUACCAUGCUUUCUGAUGGGGCCAUUUACAGCAGCAUCGACUUCACCACCAAAACCAGCUACAACAGCUCCAGCCAAAUAACGCAGGCUACGCCAUAUGCCACCACCCAGAUCCUGCAUUCCAACAGCAUCCACGAGCUGGCUGUCGAUUUACCAGAUCCGCAGUGGAAAAGCUCAAUUCAGCAAAAAAAUGACCUCAUGGGAUUUGGUUACUCUCUCCCAGACCAAGGCAAAGGCAACAAUGCCUUGCUUUACAUCCCUGACUACCGGGUGGCUGAGGGACUGGCUAAUAGAUUGCCACACAACCAGUCACAGGAUUUCAGCACCACCAGCUCCCACAACAGCUCCGAAAGGAGUGGCAGCCUCUCAGGUGGCAAAGGAGGGAAAAAGAAGAAAAACAAAAAUACUGCCAAGCCCCAGAAAAAUAAUGGUUCAGCCUGGGCCAGUGUUCCCCUCCCACCCCCUCCUGUGCAGCCACUUCCAGGCACGGAGCUGGAGCACUAUGGGGUGGACCAGCAAGAAGCAGGAUAUGACAGUGAUGGUUGGUGUCCGCCUUUGCCAGUUCAGACCUACCUGCAUCAGGGCAUGGAGGAUGAGCUUGAAGAAGAUGAUGAUCGUGUCCCCACACCUCCUGUCCGGGGAGUAGCUUCAUCUCCUGCCAUCUCCUUUGGGCAACAGUCGACUGCAACCCUCACGCCUUCCCCACGAGAGGAGAUGCAGCCAAUGCUUCAAGCUCACCUUGAUGAGUUAACAAGGGCUUACCAGUUUGAUAUAGCAAAGCAGACAUGGCACAUCCAAAGCAAUACACAACCUCCUCAGGCUCCAGUCCCUCCCCUAGGAUACGUAUCUGGAAACCUUAUUUCAGAUUUGGAAACAGAUGUUCCAGAUGAUGAUGAUGAUGAGGACGAUAUUGAAGAAGAAACUGUAGAAAUCAGUAGGCCACUAAGAGGUCUAGAGCAUACUCCAGGCUCCAGUAUGGACAAUCUAGACAGCUCUGUGACAGGUUCAAUGGUAAAUGGCUGGGGUUCUGCGUCUGAUGAGGACCGUAACUUUUCUAGUCAUAGAUCUAGUGUAGGUAGCUCCUCAGAUGACUCCAUCUUUACCAGCGGCACUUUUGCACAAGCACUGGUUGCAGCAGCAGAUAAAGCUGGGUUUAGGCUGGAUGGAACCAGCCUGACAAGAACAGGCAAAGCAUAUUCUUCCUCUCAGAGACCUCGGCCAGGCAGUCCUUUUUCUACUGACAGCAACACCAGUGCAGCUGUCAAUCAGGGUCAGAGGCCAAGACCCACGAAAAAACACAAGGGCGGACGUUUGGAGCAGCCCUCUUUGCCUCAUCGCCGGGAGGGAAUCACGGACGAUCUUCCACCACCACCCGACCCGCCCCCCGGUCAGGGUUUAAGGCAGCCCAUAGUGCCGGGCCAGCGCGGAGGCUCAGCCGAGAGGAAGGGGAGCUCUCUGGAGAGGCAGCACGCAGCAGCCAACGUAGAUGACACAAAGAGCUCCCUGGACCGGCCCGCUAGGACAUCACUAGAGUGGCAGCGACAAGCCCAGGAGUGGAUAAGCCCUACAGACCGCCAAGAGGAUUUCAGGAAAGCCCAACACAAACAAGCCUUCGGAUCAGAAGAGGCACUCGUACCAUAUAGUAAACCCAAUUUCCCAUCCCCUGGUGGCCACAGCUCUUCAGGAACAUCUUCUUCUAAAGGAUCAACUGGACCUAGAAAAGGUGAAGUCUUGCGAGGAGGUCACCAACGCAAUGCCAGUGACCUUCUCGAUAUAGGCUAUGUGGGAUCAAACAGUCAAGGACAGUUUACUGGUGAAUUAUAGUAGUUGAGAAGACACAUUGCAAGCUGCUCUGAUGGACCAUCAGGUCUGAACUCAUGGAAGUGAUGACACUAAACAGUGCAAUGAACAUUUUCUUUAUUUAUGUACUAUUAAAAGAACUGUAAAUGCAAUGUAAAGACACACAGCCACACAUAUCCCACAGAUACUUUACUUGUGUUCUUCUCUUUAAUACACCAUCCACCUUAAACUAUUCCUUGUCAGGAGUAUAUAAAAAAAAAGAAAGAAAAAAAAAAUCACCCUCCAGGAUUAAAAGGAUUUCCUUCUGUAUAUAAUUUCUUUUGUUGCAUUGCUAUGCAAGCUCACCUUCUUUUUAGCUAUGUUCAUAUUCAUGUCUGUUUUUACUGGUCUGUUGUACUAUAUGUGAAUUAAUAGGCUGUGGUGCCAUAUAUUAACUUUUAAUUGUGUAACUUUUAUGUUUAAAGUUUGCACUGCAAUUUUAUUUGGUGAUAAGCACAAAACUCUACUCCUCAUGACAUGAAGAAAAAAGAGACUGAAUGUGUGAAGAAGGUUUACGUCCUGUAAGCUACUUUGGAUAACUCUGGAUGUAAAGGAGUAUGUUAGGUGGUUUUCCAUUGGGGUGUAGAAAUGAGAAAGUGACAGGCAAAACUGAUGUCAGUGAAGACAUUAGAGACAGAUUUAAACCUUUCAAAAGCAAGCAACAUAGUUGCUCUUCCUAUUUAAGAAGGGGUCAGAAGUUGGAAGUGUGAGAUUAAAGAGUGAAAAUGAAAACUAAAGGGAGCAUGAGAUGGCCUAGACCCUUUCACUAGAAUGAUACCUUUAGUAUCUGCUUUUAGCCAUCCCAUGCCACUAAGUAAAGGGGAAGAAAAACAAACCUUGCUACAAAUAAAAGAACUUAAGGUGUUUCACUAAAGCUGUUUUUAUUUUGCAGUUUUAAAAGAAUUAUUACCGUUAAUUUCUCCAGCCCAAAAUAUAGGACAGAGAUUUUCCAGGAGAGACAAACCAUAUAAACACAAGGGAUACCUAGUAAGAAGAUAAGAAUGCAAUUUAUUAUUAAGACAUAUUCAGGCUGCUUCCAAAAAAUUGAAAUGUCAUAGUAUCUUAUUUCAUCUUUCCAAUACAUGUACAGUACGAUAGAGGAUAAAGCUGCACCACUGAAAUUCAUGACAUUAAUUGUUUUGAUGCAGUCUACACAACCCUUUCUGUUCCAUACCUGAAGUCUGCAAGAGCUGAAGUUGGAUCCACUAAAUUUGUAGUAAAAUGUUUAGUGUUUGGAUGGAAAGAAAUGGUCAAAUUAUUUUUGGCUUGCAUUAAGAAUGUUUCAGGCAAUACAAUUCAUCCAAAAAGUUGGAUAUAAGCAAAGGAAGUCUUUGACCUGUGUUUUAGUGAGUGGCUUCAAACUCUACUAUGGUGAGGAAAUAACGCAUGUUUAUACACUUUUUGAAUAAAUCAGACUCUGUAAGUGGACAUUAA